UUGCGGUCACACCACCUUUCACCGCCAUCUUGGCAAAGUGAACUCCUGUUACCUGAGUAAAAAUGGCGUCGUUAUUGCUUCGCAGCGUUCGUUCUGCCACAGCCAGGCCUUGCUUAAGAAUCCUCACAUCAAGGACAAAGCCUGUUGCAUUAUCAAGGGCAUUUGCUAGUGAUCCUAAGACAAGUAUUGCUACAGACGAGGAGCAGGCAACUGGUCUAGAAAAAGCAGAAUAUGAUGCUUUGGUUGCUGGUUAUGAGGAUCCUUUCCGGCUAAAGAUGGCAAACGGACCACCUGGUACCAAAGACAACCCAACUAUUGUGCCAUCAGGUUAUGAAGAGCGUAUUGUCGGAUGCGUGUGUGAAGAAGAUGCGACGAUGAUCAGAUGGAUGCUGCUCAAGGCUGGCCCCCCCCAGAGAUGUGAUUGCGGCAACUACUUUCAACUUAAGGAUGCAGUGCCAGUUGAUGUUAAAAUCUAAGACUAGUUUCUUGCAUCUUCAAACUCCUGUAAUUUCUCAACUGUAAUCUAAAGUUAUCUUGUGGAAUUUAAUAAUAUAAGCUGUUUCAAUUCAAGCCAAACAGCUUUACAGCAUAUAAAGUUGUAACUAUUACCACAUGACAGUUAAGGAUCUGACCAAUUUUUAUGGUGUGAAUAAAUGUUACAUAAAUA